UGUGUUUGUUUGGAUGAGAAUAGUUUGUUAAAAUUCCCGAGGCAUUGGCGAGGAAAUUACGACCAUUUGUGUGUUCUAUUGUGCUCCAAGUACCUCUCCGCCAUGAGUGCCAGUGGUAUGCUGUACGGUGGCGAUGAAAUCGGGGCGUUGGUCUUCGAUCCAGGCCACCAUUCGUUGCGUGUAGGAUAUGCACAGGAGGACACACCGAAAGCGGACAUUCCCUCCGUGGUAGGGGUUGGGCCGGCCGAUCCGAUCAUAAAUUCUGAUCUGGAAACGAAAGCGGACAACAACAUUGGCAGCACCAACAAAUACUAUGUGGACACGACGCUCAUCAAUGUUGCCCGGCCGAACAUGGAAAUCCAAUCGUACAUGAAGGAUGGAAUGAUUGAAAACUGGGACCUGUUCGAAAAAGUUGUAGAUCAUGUCUACGCGAAGGUUGUUCAAUCGGAAUCAAUGUACCAUCCUGUGUUAUUCUCUGAGGCCGCAUGGAACGUGCGCAACAAUCGAGAACGACUGACGGAGUUGAUGUUCGAAAAGUACAACGUGCCGGCAUUCUUUCUGGUAAAAAACGCCGUUCUAGCUGCAUUUGCAAAUGGCCGUGCUACGGCACUGGUUGUAGAUAGUGGAGCAACUCAUACCUCAGCAGUACCGGUGCAUGAAGGCUAUGUCCUCAGUCAAGCCGUAGUAAAGUCCCCCCUCGGCGGCGAUUAUCUUUCCCUUCAGUGCCGUCACUUUCUCGAGGGGCAAAAUAUCGACCUUACGCCAACGUAUGCAAUCGCCGCAAAGGAUGUCAUAAAGGAACGCGAUACGCCCCGGUUCACGGCCAAGGUUCUGCCGGAAAAGUUGACGGCCUCGUGGCAGCAGUACAUGCAGAAGGGUCUGCUCCAGGACUUUCAAAUGUCGGCCGUGCAGGUACUGGAGACGCCGUACGACGAGCGCACGGCUGCUCAAAUUCCGGCCGUACAUUACGAGUUCCCGAACGGAUACCAUCAGGACUUUGGUCCCGAGCGGUUCAAGCUGGCCGAGAGCCUGUUCGAUCACAACAUGCUCGGUGCGGGCCAGUUGGCGUCGGCUAGCGUUGGCAUGUGUGAUGCUGAUGUGCGUCUUUCGCUCUACGGGUCGGUAGUCGUCACCGGUGGUAAUUCGUUGCUUCCCGGAUUUGCCGAACGGUUAAAUCGCGACCUACAGCAUCGGGCACCGUCUAACACGCGGCUGAAGAUGAUUUCUGCCAACGGUUCCGUCGAGCGGCGGUUCGGUGCGUGGAUCGGGGGCUCGAUCCUGGCAAGCAUCGGUACAUUCCAGCAGAUGUGGAUCUCGUCGCAGGAGUACGAGGAGUCGGGCAAGAGUCAAGUCGAACGAAAGUGUCCCUAAAUGCAGGGAAGGACUGUUUGGCGAUGCUUACGAAACGCCCCUUGUGAAAUCGAGUGCAUGUGCUUAGGAAGUUUUAAUUCUAAUAUGUUCUCUUUUUAAAACAAUCAACACGUGUGCACGCAUGUAUUUUCUUUGUAUGUGACAAACUUGGUAAAUAAUAACUUUACCUGUAUUAUGAGUAGGAAAUAACGUGA